GUUAAAUUUUAUCCAUUAUCUCAAAUUGAUUAUCAAUAUAUUCUUGGGCACAAAGAAACAGGACGCCAUUAAUAUUUCAUGGAUAUCCGACUCAAUGCGUUGGUUUUUGUUAUACACACAUAUAUAUAGUGUACGACAAGAAGAAAGGUUAAUAAAUUACUAACGAUUUAAGGAGGCACAAAGGAAAACAUGUAUCAGAAAAAGAACAUGAAUGGAAUCCCAAGGGAAAUUAUAGGCGCAAUUUAUUAAACUCUGAAAAAAGAGAGAAAGCUCAAAGCAGUAAUAAAAAAGUUCUACUGUGACGGAAACAAUGUAAGGUAUUUUGGCAAUCACGUGCGCGCUCUGAAAUUCGCAUUGAAAAUUUUUGAAAAACAUGUUUAUACGUAUUGUCUGAAAUUAUGAGAGUCACACGGUCGAUAUCUUCUUAUAACAGAAUAACUUUGAUUACCUCUUUUCAUAUAUCUUUACACAAUCACUUGACCUACUGAAAAUUAGUCCUUUAAAAAUUAAUAUACUUAACGAAGACAAUAAAAUGUAACAUUUGUUUUAUUAUUAACUUGCGACAGAUUUGCAAUAGUUUUUCAUGCUUUUACAUAUUCAAUACAUUUUUCACCGUGCAGAGGCUGGACUCGUUGCCCGUUUGGUACAUAUAUACACAGCAUCACUAGCUUCUGGAUAGUAUUUUCUCGAGUUUGAUUACACAGCAAUGGGAUUACCAGCUUCAUUCUAAUUCACGUCAUAAAUUACACCGCACGAGCGUCCCGACGCCUGGCGUCGCGUAUCUGCUGUUAGCCAGCAACGUAGAAAGAGCAUAAGCACUGCUCGUCGUACCACAUGGAAAAAUAUUUAUACAUAUACCUCCAAAAGAGAAGGAAAAAGAAAUGACACAAAAUCAGGAUAAAAAAAUUAGCAGCAAACUCCUGUCACUUGUGUCAAUUUUAUAGAAGAUUUUUAUUCACAAUGAAUAUACUUGUUUUAUGUGAAUAAAAAAAUUGUCACAAAAUCUCUCUCUCUCCUAUCUGGAUCUUCAUCGGUAACGAUAAUUGCGAAAUGUUACGUAAUCAAAUGGAAGAGGAUAUUGCUGCUAUCGGAUGGAAAUAACGACCACUGCACUUUACGGACUGGCAUUUAUAUUGUUGAAAUAUAUGUAUGCCGAAGGAACGCGUGGAAGCGAGAUAGAGAAUGAAACAAGGGACGAUAUAGGUAUUAGGUCGGUGACGGCCGACGAGCCGAAAUUAAUUUUGGUGCUCGUUCCGUUUUGCAAACCCAGACAAAAGCGGACAAGUAAAAUGUAGGAUCGAUAUAUGUCUAUAUAUACGCUGCCUUCAUAACCCAUAGUACAUACAUACUUUCUGGUGCAUAACCACAGACGUGCAUAUGUGGCAUAUAGCUGGAUAAACGUGACAUACAUACGGUACACCAAAGCAAGCAAGGAUCGUUAGAUAGAAGGUGGUUAGAGUUAAGGGUAUUCUGGUGAAAAAGGUCAGGAAGUCCGGUCAAGGUUGAAGAAAAUAUUUUUCCUUGUCUCUGGUAGCUCUUUAUUUUUUAUUCCUUUUUUUUUUCACAAUUCCACUCUCUGUAAUUAACGUCCGACUGAGUUGCUUACCUACAGGCAAUUUACCAUUGUUCCAUGUUAAAUGUAUGUACUAAUUUCACGUUUAAAGUGUCAUACUCUCUUGACCUUCUUUUACCGGAAUGUCUAUUAGCUUGCCCACGUGUUCGUGACGUGCUCUAUCAUAGAAAUUAACUGGGCUUUUUCAUUUGCGAGCUCUGAUAGGUUCUUAUACAUUUUUAAAGAUGAUUUUUCGACGGUCUAGGGUUUCACGUGGAUACGCAAUUUGGAGAGGAACGCGAUUUUGGUGUCUUGAAAAAAAUAACAAUGACCAUGACGAAUACUCGUGGGAAAUAGAAGGGAAAAAAGGAACGUGUCAUCUCGAUAUAAAGAUCUGUUUAAAUUAUGCCUGAUAAAAAUCCAAAGACUCGAGAUGGCCAACGUGAUAAGGAUUUCUUUGCCGAUGAGAUUUCAUCCAUCGGUAUGUCCUUGCGACCUAGUGGCAGCGCUUCAUCCGGCAUCUCGAGCCUCGCGAGCUGCGGCGAAGUCGAAGCGUUGCCUGAAUUACCGCAGCAUGACGAAGAGCGUCUUCAACGUGCGGCGCGAUUGCUGCAGCAACGUCUGGUCCUGCGUCAGUGGUUAGCGGAUCAUGGGCUUCAGAAUCACUACCAAAAGUUAAUGCAGAUGGAAGUGGUAUCCUUGGAAGACGUUUACUGGGUGGAGGAUCAUGCAGCACGUGCAGCUCUUGGAAAAGAUCUUCCACGAUGGAUACAAGCUCGACAGACGUUACCAACGUCCAAAGAAGAUUUGGCGAGCCUCAAAGCUGAUCUUUGGAGUUCAGUUGUUAAGAACAGUCAACACCAAGAUGCGUGGACCUGGGGUGGAAUGCUGGUUGUAUCUGUAUCGGUAGCAGGGUUAGUCACUCUCGCUGCUAUGACGCAGCCAGCACUGGCUCCUGAAGCUAAACAUUCUCUGCUACAGUACGUCACUGGGAAAUAUUUACUACCAAGUAAUUGUCGGGUCCAUUUCGAAUGGGAGGAACCACAGCUUGUUGGGGAAACUAUGACUUUUACCGUUAAAUUCUAUCAACGUAACGGGCAGCCGUAUCCGAUUUGUGAUAAAGACAAUCUGAUUGUGGAAGUGACAGAGGGUACCAGAAGGAUAGCUACCCUGAUAGAAUUAGGAGGAACUGAUCCCAGGGCUGCGAAUACUGCUGUGGUCAAAUUUACAGUUAGACACGCGGGACAGUAUAGGAUCGCUGUGCUUAUUGGAUCGUGUCACGUUCAUGGAAGUCCUUUCCUUAAGAAUUUUCUUCCAGGACCUCCGGAUCCUAAUAAAACGAUUUUUGUAAGACAAAGCUCAACGGUUGUAUGUACAGCUGGUAUUGCUCAUUCUUUGGCCAUUGAACCACGUGAUGAAUAUGAUAAUCUUUGCGUUUUUGGUCCUGGAGAUAAACCUACAGACGGAUACAACGUAAAUAUUACUCAGAUUGGUAACGUAGCAGAAGUGGGAUCAGCGGUAGCUUGUAGUAUUCAGUUAGAGUACGAUUCUCCAAAUCAAAGAAUUCGUUUAAAAGUCAGUUUUCCCAAGGGUGGCUGUUAUCAUGCUACGGUCAGCUUGUCAGGAUUGCAGUUGCACAAUGGAGACUUUGAUAUCAUUGUUCUUGAGAGUUCUGUUGCUCGAAUGGUCCAUAAUAAUGUAGCUUCUAAGGAUCCAGACAUUUGUUACGCGGCAAAACUCCUGGGGAUGCAGGGUGAACGUUUCUCUAAACCCAAAAAAGUUUUUUGCUUCAUCUCACCCAAACAACUGACCAUCAAGGAGUACCUGCUCAGAUUUAUACCAAAGCGCCUCGUCACCUUCAGAUUAUGUCCAUCGACCAAGGUAAAUUUGGCUAUGUUUCAUUUUGAAAGCUCAAAUAAUCAACACGACGGCUAUGACUCGUUUUCGAUAGACGAUGGUUGUCAGCCGCCUGUUGAAUUGAUAUCUCAUUAUCGGGAUGUGAUUGCUGCGACAUUUACGCUUUUUCUCCUGAAGAACAUUGGCGGCAGUGAGACCUUUGCUGAUAAACAGGACUUCUUUUAUCACGAAGUACGAAAACACCAUCAGAAACACUAUCACGAGAAACUCUCUAUGAAAGUACAAAGAGAUAAGCUCUUGGAGUCCUCUAUGAAAGCCACAAAAGGAUUUUCAGUGAGCGAGUGGUGUCGGAAUUUCGAAAUAACUUUUCAAGGUGAACAAGGCGUGGAUUGGGGUGGUGUAAGACGCGAAUGGUUCGAAUUAAUUUGUGCAACACUAUUCGAUUCUGGGAAUGGACUAUUUGCUAGUUUUGGAGAGUCCCAGCAAGCUCUGGUACAUCCGAACAGCAAACGACCAGCGUAUUUAAAAUUGAAACACUUUGAGUUUGCUGGUCGCAUAGUAGGAAAAUGUUUAUACGAAUCUGCACUGGGUGGUUCCUAUAGACAGUUAGUUCGCGCCAGGUUCACCAGAAGCUUUCUGGCCCAAAUAAUAGGACUAAGAGUUCACUACAAGUAUUUCGAGCAAGAUGAUCCUGAUCUCUACCUGAGCAAGGUGAAAUACAUCCUGGAGAAUGAUGUCGAAGAGAUGGAACUUUAUUUUGUGGAAGAGGAAUACGAUAAGGAUGGGCAACUACUCAAGGUCGCAGAAUUAAUUCCAGGUGGCAGUAAAGUACGUGUCACGAAUGACACAAAGCUUCGGUACUUAGAUGCUUUGGCUCAGCACAGACUCGCCAGUUCAAUUCGCAAUGAGAUCGAUCAUUUCCUACGUGGACUCAACGAACUCAUUCCGGACAACCUCCUGGGGAUCUUCGACGAGAACGAGCUGGAGUUACUACUCUGCGGCACUGGAGAAUACAGCGUGGCCGAUCUGCGCGCUCAUCAUAUAGCUAAUGGCAGCUCCCCGGAAUUCCUUCGCGUACUCGACUGGUUCUGGACAGCUGUGAGUAACUUCACGCAAGAAGAAAUGGCACGACUUUUACAAUUUACAACUGGCUGCUCCCAACUUCCGCCUGGUGGAUUUCAACAGCUCAGUCCAAGAUUUCAAAUCACGGCUGCUCCAACCUUUGCCAAUUUACCAACGGCUCAUACCUGCUUCAAUCAACUUUGCCUACCCGAUUACGAAUGCUACGAUCAUUUCGAACGAGCUCUGCUCCUUGCGAUCAGUGAAGGCACUGAGGGCUUUGGUAUGAUCUAACUUGGAGUAAAUUAUUUCAGGAUUAACCUCUAGUCCAAUCUAGUUCGGUCAGUUCCAAUAAGUUCUUUAAGUACUUAGUUUUGUUUUAGCACUGAUACAAGUCUCGCCUGUACCAUUUUAAAAAUAUGGUUUAAGAUGAGUACUGCAGAUACUGAUCAUCUUUGAAACGAUGAACAAUCAAAUCCCACUGCUGUUUAAAGUCAAUGAAAUUACAAUCGAUUCUGGCUAUAGGGACUCUGAGUAUAGUCGCGUUUUCCCUCAAUUCUCUUUCUCAACUAUCGCAGAUAAGGAACGACUUCUGCACUCUUUUGUGCCUCUCAGCUCGUGUCUUACACGCGCUCUGUCAAACGCUUGGCCUAUUACAGUGCAGCGAAGGCUCUCCGUAAUAUCGUUAUCUCGCUACUUAUCGUGCCUCAGAGCCCCGGAUGCGCGAUUAUACAGAAAGAGUCGACUGUACGUUAAAUAAAAGAAAGAAAGGCCGAAGGUUAAGUGAGAAUCCGUAAAGCACAAUUUUUCGAGUAAAUUCGUUUUUAUUAUUACUAAUAUUUAUUAUCAAAAGAAAACACCAAACAUUUAAAAUAAUCGACGAAAGCUGCACUGAACGAGAAAAAUAAUUUUUUAAUCAAUUCGCACGCGGCACGAGAUUAAAAAUAAUUACGAUUCUUGGAAUCGUGUCUAAUAAUAAAUAAGGAAAGAGUGUUGAAUUUGUAUUAUAAUUAUUAUUAUUGUAUUUCUUUCCAUUAACGACUGACAAAUUCUGUUUAAUACUAUUCUUAGUUUUAUUCGUAUUAACACUUCAGUAUUAUCGAUAAACCCUCGUUUUUAUUACUACGAAGAGACACGUGUAUUCCUAAAGUAACUAUCAGUAUAUCACAAUGAAAGAUUUUGUAAUGCGCCUGCGAUUCCUCAAUCAAUAUCGCGCAGUCGAGGAGAAAGGUUAAAAUAAAAUUUCGCGUAACAUGUAUUCGCAUCUGUACGAAGAAAGAGAAAUUAUGUAAAAUAUUUGUUAACUAGUAUUUACGUAUUACCGAGUUCAGAGAAUGAUGCGUAAUUUUACGAAGACUUAUUUACUUGAAUAUUGAUUACUUUUUAAAACAAGAUUAUAUUACAAGAAUCAAACUCAAAUAAGAAGACGGGGCGAGGAAAAAAAAAGCUGUACGAAUUACUGGAAUCGUAACAAGUUAAGCGUUCUUGAACAAGUAUUAAUUGGUUUUGCGUGGACAUUCCAAGAACUUGCAAUAAUUUUAUGUAAUUAUUUUGUAGCAAUAUCGAUUUUAAAUCUACAACCUCUUCUAUCUAUAACGUCACUUUUAAAUCUCUAUUUUUAUCAUUGUUCUCUUGUUCUCCACUUCAUAUAUUUUUAGUUUGACAGUUUUUAACAUUCUCCGGUUCCUCUUAUCCGGAUUCUUAAAUAAUUUAUGUAUUAAGCUCUAUUUCACAAGGCGGGGUUGCUUUCAUGAGACGUGAGAACUAUAAAGAAAUCCUUGUAUUCAGAAACAAUCACGAGUGUGAUCGGACACGUUGUACUUUGUGUCAGUUGUACGUGGCUGCUUUUGUUAUUGAGCGACCGUAACGGUUUUUUUUUUAACAAAAAAAA